GGUGUUUUGGUAAGUGGAGAGCUUUGGAGAAGAAAAGAUGAAAAACAUCCUUGGCUCAUCAACCACUGAUACAUUAAUGUCUUCUCAGUGUCCCCGUGUGAAAGAAAAAGUAACUUUCUGCUUUGACAUCAGGUAGGAUGCAUUUGCUCUAAGACGUUAUCUCUUGAAAUAGUCUCUCCGUCUCCAGAAAACAUGCACUUUAAGGUGAAACUAUAUAAGGAUUGCCAUGAGGGCUCUGUGUUGUACAUUCUCCCACCUAUGGCACAAUCAAGUCACAAGGCAGAGCUCUAUGCCUGAGCAUCAUGGGGUGCCUGGAAUUAAUGUCUUUGCAUCACCUAUGUGCAGGUCAGGUAAUCAUGUGGCACUUGAUACUUUACCCUGGAAAUUGUCACCCUCUAGCUAGGCUUCUGUCUGCAUUUUUCUUGCACAUCUGGACUGACUCAGUUGUUCCUAUAUAGGAUGGCAAUGCAGCUUCCAGUUAAAGAAUUGAGAAGUAAUUACAUUAUAUGUGUCAUUAACAACUGUAUUCAUCAUGUUUUGUAACAAAUUAUGCUGAGACAUUGAAUCCAAAUUACGAGAAGCUGAGGCUUAUCUUUAGCUUAUGCUUCACUCAAAGGAAGCUGGCAUUCUCCAAAAGGCAGUCUUGCUGUUACUUGGCUACGGACUUGAUGUAAGGUGGAAGGAAGAGCUCCAGCCAGGUAAGGUGUAUUUGCAUCAGCGUGUUACUAAGCUGGUGAUCCCUGAGCUGCAGAGGGGUCAAAUGGAGGUCAUUAAGGUGGAGGAAAAGAGUCCCUAGAGGUUAGAAAGUUUAUUGCAGGAGAGCAAAGAAAAUGUGUGCCACUGGUAUCGUUGUGAGGUCUGUCUUCUGUAUUGUCCUUCUGAAACAAAUCUGUGUGUCAGGCUCUAUGGUCACAUAUCUCUUCUAGUAAGUUUAGUGGUACUGAGAAAAAUUAAAACUUCUUAGAACUUUAAAACUUAAAGCAUUUCUGAAGAUUCAGAAAUGCUGCUUUAGAUUAGAGUUUGAGCUUGUGAUGAUUGUUUGCCAGCUAACUUGCUGUCACCAGCACAAGUAGAACUUCAUAUUUAAAACCUGAAAAUAUUUAUAUCACAAAUGUUUAUGACACAGCAGAAUUUUUUCAGGACAGAAAUGUAUGUGUAACUAGGUAACCACAAUUAAAAUUAUCAACUAAGGAAUUAAAGAAGAAUGAAAAAAUUGCAUUUCGCUGUUGUUAUGAGGGCAGACUCUUUUAUGGCCAAAUGACCAAUUUCAAGGGAGUUAAGAGGCACAUACCUUUGAUUCUGCACCAGAUUGUCAGCUCCAUACCUGGCCUAGGGCUGAACAUUGUCUCUCGAACAUGCAAAUUUUCUGCAUUGAUCCUUCCCACAGUUUCUGAUUUGUUCUUAAUUAUACCAAAGAAGGAAAUAAACUCUGCAUCCUUGCAAAAUUUUCAUGGCUCUUCUGAUUUGGGGUGUUGCAGGGUGUAGCUAAUACUCUGAAAAGGCUUCAGGAUUCCUGGAUGAAAGGUGUGAUGAAAGAAGUGUAUUGUUAUUGUUUUAGGGGAGGAAUCAUGCUACUGGGUAAGCCUCUGUCACUGAGACUUGCUGGACUUGUUUGUUCUGACUUGCCUAUGACUCCUUUCUUUCUUAAUUCAGGAGAUAAAGCCUCAAGUCUAUGCUGAGAUGCUGCACAGUGUGUUGUGGUGCUCGGGACGGUGGAUCUCCCAGAGAGAAGAGCUUCUUGCUGACCUCUCAGUGGUACACAGAGGCAGUGAUCCAGAUGGACAGAGCAGUAAGGCGCUUAGAGCCAUGGAAGAUCGCAGUCAUUGUUGUGUCAGUGAUAGUAGGCUUAGCCCUCAUCAUUGGCUUGAUUACAUUUUUUUUGUGCCACGAUCAAGACAGAUAUUACAAUGCAUCUUUCCUAGUCACCAAUGUUGACUAUAAUCCUCAGUAUGAAAGGCAAACUACAGAGGAGUUCAGGAACCUAAGUGAAGAUAUUGAAACCAUGAUAUCUGAAGUAUUCAGGGGGUCCUUUCUAAGUAAAAGAUAUAUCAGGUCCCACGUGGUCAGUCUAAGCCCAGAUCCUGUUGGAGUACUUGCAUCUGUUGUUCUGGUAUUUAAAUUUCCCUCUGCUGACAGUGAAGAAGCGACCUGGGGUCAAGUGAACCGUGUGUUACUCAGAAGGCUGAGAGCAACCUCGACGUUCCUAAAUGUUGACCAGUCUACCAUAAAACUCACAGAGUUGAACAAGGAAAAGGGAGAUAACCUUUUAAACAACUGCUGUGGAAUACGAAGACAGGCAUUUUCAUCCUUCACAGGAGUGGAAAGAAUAACUGGUGGGCAGGGUGCACGGGAGGGAGAAUGGCCAUGGCAGGCGAGCAUUCAGCAAGAUGGGACCCAUCGCUGUGGGGCAUCAAUCAUCAGUAACACCUGGCUGGUGACUGCAGCCCACUGCUUUAGAGAAGUAAAAGAUCCUCGGAGGUGGACUGCCAGCUUUGGAAUUCUGCUGAGACCUCCAAAACAGAGAAAACUUUUCCGGAGAAUUAUUGUUCAUGAGGGAUACAGUAACCUUCUCACUGAUCAUAACAAUGAUGUGGCUGUUGUGGAACUUGCCUCUCCUAUUGAGUUCACAAGUGAGGUGCACAGUGUCUGUCUUCCUGAAGCAUCUCACGUUUUCCCAGACAACGCUUCCUGUUUUGUCACUGGCUGGGGAGCUUUGGAGAAUGAUGGCUAUAGUGUUAAUCAGCUUCGACAAGCAGAAGUGAGAAUUAUAAGUACUGAGGUUUGUAAUAGGAGACAAGUGUAUGGUGGAGCGAUAACAGCUGGAAUGGUGUGUGCUGGAUACUUGGAUGGGCAGGUGGAUGCUUGCCAGGGUGACUCUGGUGGACCACUGGUGAAUGCGAAUUCCAGAGGAAUCUGGUAUCUUGUGGGAAUAGUGAGCUGGGGAGAUGAUUGUGGCAAGCCAAAUAAGCCAGGAGUAUACACACGAGUGACUUACUAUAGAAACUGGAUCAACUCCAAAACGGGCAUCUGAAACAUGGAGCAGGUUAAGUCAUGUGGGCUGUGUACAGCUAUUCCUCUGACACAUCCUGCUCUAUGGUCACCCUCUAAGCAGCUGCUGGCUUAGCUUGUGGUCGUGUAUAAAGUACCUGUAAGCUUGGAGCAGUCUGGGACUUGAAAUUGAUUUGGCCUACAGCCAGACAGGAAUGGACUUGAUCCAUGUGACAUUUGUUUGUUCAGGAAGCAGUCUGUCAGAGGAACAACUGCCUUCAUCUAUAUGCAAUAUAUUGACCUUUUUUCCUACACGGCCACAUGUCUUGGCCCCAGCUUUUAUACCCAAGCAAAGUGUUUGAGUCCAAACAAUCAUCUACCAGCAUCCAAGACAAGCUUUAACUGAAACCUGGCCUAUCCAUUUCCUGUGUGCUCACAAGGCCCUAUCUAUCCAUAGAAAAGCUAUAAUCCAGGCCCUGACUCCAAGGCUUCUGUACUUCUGAAAUCUUGAGCUUUCUCCUGCAUCAUUCCAGGGAGUGCACUAUAAUGAAGAAUGGAAGAUGGCUUAGAGAAGUUCUGGUUCAUAAUAUCACAUGGGACUAUUAAUUAAGUGAAUUGAGAACUUUUCCUUGCCUGAGAAAGAAAUCAGUGGGAAACACCAGCUUGUGUCCACCUUCUUUGAACAAGUGAACAUAUGCCUGUUCGUCGUUUCAUAUAAAAAGUCUCUACCACAGCACAGUGAUUGCUGGACUUAAGACCAAACACCACCUUAAGUUCAUACCAGUUUGUUGCCAUAGUACAAUAUUUGGCUGAAUUAAUUUCCAGUUUUAUCUUUCCAGACUGUAUUUUUCUGAAUAAAAGUCCUUUGCCUUUUGUGCAGGAUGGAUGAUUGAAACAAUCUUAGUAUGACCUUUGUAAAAAAAACUCAAACUUCUUAUUCUUGUGAAUGCUGCUUUCAAGUCUUUAUAGUUUUAUAUGUACAUCUUUAGCUAUAUUCUAUUAAAAAACCCCUAGCUUUUGCAUUACAGUGGAAAUAUCCAGGUCCUUCAGAGCAACAGAACUGACAGACCCAGAAAUCUUAUGUACAGAGCUCUCUCUUCUCACAGGAAGUAAGAAUUGCCUGUGUUGCAUUGCCAGACUGUAGCUGACUCAUUUGAUCUCAGCCACACAAACCUCACAUUCUGUCUGGCUUCAUGUUUUCAGGAGCCCAUGUUUCUGUCAGCCAGGUAGAUAUCCAAUGUCCGAUGCUUUCUUCAACCCAGCAGCAGAACACACCUCUCCUUGGUGGGGAUGCUCUCCUUGGUGUGUCUGAAAGCUUUCCAAUUUCAUGUGGAUCCUGAUCCUAACAACAGCAAGUGCUGUGGGUUUAAUUGCUGGAUAAUGAGCCACUCAACUGCUCUUUUCUCCCUCUGUGGUCAGAAGGGGAAAGAACUGAGGAGAGGAGAUACUGGCCACACUGCCAAGAUUCAGAGCUGGUCCAGCAUGGCAAGCAGGAAAGAAGAACCUUCUGCCAGGCUAGAAAAGGCAAAGAGCAGGCUUUCAAUGUGCUCUUAGUUAGAAGGGCUGGGGGAAACAGCCCUCGGUGGUUAUAGUCUUGGGGUCAGAGUGUCAUUCAAGUUGAGCAGCAGUCAGCUGGCAAAGUCAAUGGCAGCUCAGGGAUCCCCUCUGGACUGUGCAGCUCACUGCCAGUGCUGCCCAAAUAAAGCUGUGAUCCCUACAGAGCAGUGAUAACAGAAAUAUUUUGAUUACAUGUCCUGUGAUCUGUUUGUCAUCCAGAGAACAGUUUUUCUAGAGCCUCACUGGAGGUACUGGAAUAGUUGGAAACCCACAGAAGGUCUGUAGCUGUUCUGUGCUCUAUACUUGUGUAUACCUGCCACUUGAUUUUUUUUUUUUCCCCCUCCAGGAACUUUUCUUGUGGAAUGCUGUGAGCUUCAGAAACAAACUUGGUGGUUUAAUUUCUACAUAGGGAAUAAACACUGGUUCUAUAGGCCUCAGCCUAACAAAUUUCAUUUCAACUUCUUUAGCUGAACAUGUCUUUGACAUAUAUUGCUUGUUAGAGGAAGCUUAAUACUGACAUAUGACAAAUAUAUAUGAAUUUUUUUUCUUGGUUGUAGCACUUGUCUUGCCAGGAUGGUGAAUGAAAUUUUAUACUUCAUAAAUAUCAUUACAAAAUACUAUGAAUUUUCAGUUUUCAAACCACUUUAGGCUUGGGUUUUCAAAGGACAUCAUGGUUUUUCCAUCUGCUGUAUUUCAUUGUAACUUGCAAACUUCACAUUUUUAGGAUUGCAAAUACCAACUUUCUCACUGAUUCCCCAAAAUAGGUCCAAAAAAUUAACUUUGAAUCUGUGAACUUCCCAAUUUGCUUCUUUUGGGUACUAUAUCAGAAAGCCUUAAGCAUUUAGCUCAGUCUCAAGGGCUGUAGUAAAUCUUAUUCUCCAAAGUGGUUCAAACAAAACUUUAAAACUCAACUUGUCAUUUGCUUAAGGAACUGCCAUUUCUGAGGGUCUACUUGUAGAGAUACAGUACCUGUUCUCCCUUAUUGCUGAGUACCAGCACAGUGCAGCCAGGAGGAGCAGGGUUUAAGAGAAUCUGGCAUCUACUUGGUGUAUGUUUUGGAAGGCUUUAUUUUGGACUACCCUCUGGAGAUUCUCCUUAUGGGACCUGGAAAUUUUGGUUCUAGUUUCUUCUGGAAGAAUGUAGUUCACAUGCUCUGAGGCUUCUUGGUGAUGCAAAGCAGUACAAAUGGUGACAAUCAAGAAGAGCAUCUGAAAGAACAGACUUCAUUCAAGAGAAUAUUGAUGCGGUUGAACAUGAUGGGCCUGAAUCCCUUACUUGUGGCAAAAGUACACUGAUGACAACCUUGUCUGGCUUUUCAUGAGGGAAAUUAAGGAAACCUGAAGCCAAAACUUUUUAUUUGGUUUAGGUGGUCUGGCAAACUUGCAUUUCUUUGAAGCUGCAUCUUCACCAGUUUGUGAAGCUACAAGCUGCAGUUUCUAUCAACCAUGUUUUUAGAGCAAUUAACAUCUUUACUUAAGGCAGAAUGGAUAUAUCUAACUAUACAAUCAUUCAUGACACACAGGAAUGUAAUUUAUAUGUAAAUU